AUGUCCAGCCCACUCAAGAAGAAGAAGCUGAACAAUGGAACCAAAUCGGCAGCAACGCAACCCAAAGGGCUCGAGUAUUUUUUCUUGAAGCAGAAAGGGAAUGGAUCGGCCGUGAAUGAGGCCCCGAGCGAAGCUGCGACUGAGCUCACAGACGAGGAGCUGGCCCGCAAACUUCAGGCAGAAUGGGAUUUGGAGGCAGCGAAUGAAGCCAAAAGCGAAGACAAUGGCCUCAGAGGCGAAGCCGGCGAUGCCAACCCAGGGUCACCGAGAAAAUCAAUGAUAUUUAGAGCGAAGGCGAAUCCCCCAGCCGCAGACGUCGCCGAGUCAAAGAACCCAGACCCCCCCGCCAGGACGUCCAAGUCUACGCUGAGCCUCCAGUCUGCAGGCAUGGCUGAGGAUGAAGUAAACGCGUUCAUUCCACUGGACGAGUCGCCUCUCACGUUUGACUCGUCGAAAUAUGUGUCACAGCUGCGGGAGCAUUGGGCUGCCACAACGAGUCGCAUAAAAAUCGUGGACACUCUGGUAAACUGCCUGAGAGUAUUGAUUGAGGGAGAUUUCUCCAGUCUGCUGCCAGCUGUCUGGCUGGCGACCAACUCCAUAUCUCCGCCAUACAUCUCCAUGGAAUUGGGGCUGGGCGGCUCGGCAAUAUCCAAGGCUCUGAGGCAGGUUUGUGGCCUGGACAAUCGCGCACUCAAAGCAAUCUACGACAAAUACGGCGAUGCGGGAGACGUGGCCUUUGAGGCAAAGAAGAAGCAGAGCUUUACUCUGAGGAAGCCCAAGCCCCUGACGAUAAAGGGGGUCUACCAGUCUCUUGUCAAGAUCGCAACAAGCCAGGGCCAAGGGAGCAACGAAGCCAAGCAGCGGAUUGUAGAUCGACUCCUUCAAGAUGCGAGAGGAGGAGAAGAGAGCCGCUUCAUCGUGCGGACUCUUUGCCAGCAUCUCAGAAUAGGCGCCGUGAAGACGACGAUGCUCAUUGCGCUGUCACGAGCAUUCUUGCUUUCACGUCCGCCAGCCGCCGACUACCCGCUCAAGUCUGUUUCGGGAUUGAGCACACUGCGCAAAGAUGAACUGGCCGAAGUCUGGGGCAAGGCCGAGGAGACUGUGAAGGCUUGUUUCGCACGGCGACCAAACUACAAUGACCUGAUACCGGUUCUUCUCGAGACUGGCGUCACUCAGGAGCUUCUGGUUCGCUGUGACUUGACACUGCAUAUUCCUCUUCGACCAAUGCUGGGAAGCAUCACGCGAGACUUGUCCGAGAUGCUGACAAAGCUGCAAGGACGAGACUUUGCCUGCGAGUUCAAGUACGACGGGCAGAGAGCACAGAUACACUGCGAUGAGCAAGGCAAAGUGUCCAUCUUCUCUCGACACCUGGAGCUCAUGACCGACAAGUAUCCCGAUCUUGUCGAGCUGGUACCCAGAAUCCGAGGAGAAGGUGUCGGCAGCUUCAUCAUGGAAGGAGAAGUUGUCGCCGUCGACCGAGAGACGGGUGCGCUCAAGAACUUCCAGGCACUGACGAAUCGUGCGCGCAAGGAUGUUGCCAUCGAUGCCAUCAAGGUCGACGUCUGUCUCUUCUCGUUUGACCUCAUGUAUCUCAAUGGCCAGCCUCUCCUGGAUCGUCCCUUUAGAGAGCGGAGAGAGCUCCUGCGGUCGCUGUUCGUUGAGAUCCCUCACCACUUCACUUGGGUAAAGAGCCUCGACGCCACCUCCGGGGACUCAGAAGCUGUUCUCGAAUUCUUCAAGUCCGCCACGGACAGCAAGUGCGAAGGCAUCAUGGUCAAGAUUCUCGACAACCUGCCUGCAGUGCCAUAUCUCGGCGACGUGGAGGACACGGGCCCGGCAGAGGCUGAGAAAUUGUCAAUGCCAAAGUCCAAGUCCAAGUUCAAACAAAAGCCCAAAAGCGGGGGCACCGCCGACACCGACGACAAGAAGCCCAAGUCUCGCAGGAAACCGCUGCUGGCGACGUAUGAACCGGACAAACGACUCGAUUCCUGGCUCAAAGUCAAGAAGGACUACAACUCGAGCUUCGAUACGCUGGAUCUCAUUCCUGUAGCUGGGUGGCACGGGCAAGGACGCAAGGCAAUGUGGUGGUCGCCCAUUCUCCUGGCGGUGCGCAAUGAAGAGAGCGGAAGUCUGGAGGCCAUCUGCAAGUGCAUGUCUGGCUUCACGGAUGCGUUUUACAAGGCAAACAAGGCGUUUUACGACGAGGGCGCGGAAAGCGGGGAGUCGAAGAACACACGUUUACAAAAGCCCAGCUUCGUCGAGUAUUCUGGGCCACGCCCGGACGUGUGGUUUGAGCCGCAAGAGGUCUGGGAGAUGGCCUUUGCAGACAUAACGCUGAGCCCGACGUACACGGCCGCGAUAGGCCUCGUGAGCGACGAGCGAGGCCUGAGCUUGAGAUUUCCUCGGUUCCUGAAGAAGAGAGAGGACAAGAGCAUCGACGAGGCCAGCACCAGCGAAUUCCUGGCGGGGCUCUGGAGGAAGCAGGAAGCAAAGGCUUCGACAGACAAGGACAGCAAGGAAGAGCCCGUGCAGGAGUAUGGCGACGACGAGGACCACGAGUAG